UUGCCUUUUGCCGGGUAGCUAGCAAAAUGCUAAACUGGCGAGCUGGCUAGCUAAAUUCGCUAGUAGUAGUGAUGCACAUUAGCGAUUCAAUCUGUGUAAAGUUAAAUACAUUUAUUCGGAGAUAGCUAGCCAGCCAGUCAGCCAAGAUCGCUCAGUUCAGCUGUAAAACAAAAAUGAGUCUUCUUCCAGACCUGAAUGCCAAUGAGGAUGAAACAUCCUACUAUGUAGACAAGACCUGGGUCCAGUGCAAGUCUCCCAGAUGUCUGAAGUGGAGACUGGUACCAAAGAGUGAUGAAAUGGUGGCUGAGCUGGACCAUGGCAAGUCCUGGCACUGUCAUAUGAACCCAGAUCCUCUGUUCAGCCACUGCAGCAUCCCUCAGGGCCCUUUCCCCAACAACUCCCAGUUCAAGGAACAUGGCCUGAAGGUUGUGUACUCCGGGCUGCCUGUCGGGAGCCUGGUGCUGGUGAAAGCAUGUAACUGGCCAUGGUGGCCAGCCAUUCUAAGUCCAGACCCCAACGUGGAGGAGUAUGUGAGGCUGGACAGCGAGGGUUAUGUGGAGCACUACCAUGUUGAGUUCCUGGGGAAACCUCAUACCAGAUUCUGGGCUGCUGCCAAGCAUAUAGAACUCUACCACAACUCCUUCACUAAACCCAGAUACAGGAACCUGCGAGGCGCUAUGAGGAAGUCGUAUGAGGUGGCGAUGGAGGAGGUGGCUAAGGUCAGGGAGAUGGGCUGUGAGGAGAGACUGCAGAUCAGCCACUUCCAGCCACAGGAUUUGUUGAGUCAGGCUCAGAGGUUAAUGCAUGCUAUUGAGAGGAUGCUCAGACAAUACUCCAACCAGCAGGACAACCAGGACAAGCGGGACCAGAGGAUUCGGAUGUGGGAUGCCAGCAUCGAGGAGGACGGAGACACUCUGAUCAUAGAAGGGUUCAGGUUUGACAGCGCCACCUGUCUGGAGGACCUGAUGACUGCAGGAAACAAGAAAUAAAGAAGAUAUUUUUUUUUUAAACAAGAUUCUUUUUUUUAACAAGAUAUUUCCAGAUCGUUUUUUCUUCAAGACAUGUUAAUCCUUUCCCCUUAAAAGUGCUUUAUAUUGUAUGAUAUUUAUUUGAAAUGUUAUAUUUUUCUAAAAUAUUUGUUUACUGUGGUCAUUGUUGAAGACAAUAUAGAUUGUGGUGACUGGCAGUAUGAAGAAGCCUUCAUCCUCAGUACAGUCUUUCCUGUUUGGCCCGUUUGUUAAAUGUUUCCCUGUGUUCAUUCAUUCUCAAGUUGUCAUCGUAUGUUAUUGUUAUUCCAGUGCAACACGGCUGUAUGUUGUGUUCCUCAUGGUGUUUAACGGUCAGAGAAUGGAGGAAAUAAACGUUGGUAUCAGACAAGAAAA